AAGAAAGAAAAAAAUUGUUAAAAGAAAGAGAGAAAUGGAGCAUGAGAGUUUUACUCAUAUGUGUCAUGAACACCCGCUGAGUCGGAUCUCCUUGUCGAUCAUAAAAGCGGAUUACUCCACUUUGUGUCAUGGUUGUCGGAGAAACUUUAUACCUGGAGAUGCAACUUAUGGAUGCAGCCUCCGGUGUGGCUUCCCGUGGUUGUUGCACAAAGAAUGCAUGGAAAUGCCGCGAGAGAUCAUGCAUCCUAUCCACCCUUCACAUCUCCUCACACUCCAUGGUUCACUAACACUACGUUCUGAAUCAAAGCAAUGUGCAGUUUGUGAAGGGGAUAUGGAUUGGUACCAGUUAAGGUACGGAUGUAGCCAUGAGGGCUGUAAUGGAUUGUUGAUCCACAUUGGAUGCGCAGCGGUUGUUCAUGAUAAGAAUGAAAAGCAGCCGCUUAUAAACCACCCAAGCCACCCUCACCAUCAGUUACGGUUUUCAAAGAAGUCGAGGUGGUGCCCAUUCCCAUGCGAUGCUUGUGGUGCCACUGAGAAAGGGGACUCCUACAUCUGCACUCUCUGUGACUACUCCAUUCACGAGAGUUGCGCACUCCUCCCACUUGAUGCGGACUUCCCUAGUCAUCACCCCACCCACUCUCUCUCCCUCGCCUUUUCUCUUCCACCUGAGUACAUCAAAUAUGAAUUUGAUUGUGCUAUAUGCAACACAACUUUACCGUUGAGACGUUGGGUCUAUCAUUGCAACCUCUGCAGAUAUGUCGUCCAUAUCAACUGCGCCAUCUCCACAUUAACAGAUAAUGACAAUGAAGAAGCAAAUGCAAUUGAUGAUGAGAACGAGGCUACUAAGUUUCCAGUAGCAGUAGAAGACAUGUAUGAGGAGAUGAUCAAACCCUUCGUUAAGAGACAACAAGAACAAAUUAUCAUCCCUCGAUACAACAUCGGUGGCAAGUAUUGCUUCUCCAAACACCCUCAUCAUCUAUUAACUUUUACUACAUUUUCCUCAGUCUCAUUGUCUUCUUCGUCAUCAUCAUCUCAUGAUCACUACAAAAGUGAUGAAGACGACGAAGAUGAUUUUGAUAGUAUUCCAAGACGGGAAUUAAUAUGUGAUGGGUGCACACUGGCUAUACAUGAAAAGAAGCAGACCGAUGGUGAUGGGCAUGAGAGUGGUUACAUGAGUUGUGAUGAAUGCAAAUACUUUCUCCAUUUGUCCUGCUUCAACUUACCACUAAGCAUCCCUUAUCUUCCAAUUCACCCAUUCAAAGAUCACAACCUAACACUUAAAAAUGCAAACAAGCUAACAGAUUGGGUAGUGUGUUUUGUUUGUUAUGGUUAUAUGAAUGGGCUCUAUUACGCUUGUACCAACAAUCUUUGUUGGUACAAAAUAGACAUCAAGUGUGCUUCUCUACCCAACACCAUAAAGCACGCAGGUCAUGUACGACAUAAUUAUCUCAAGCUAGUCUCAAAAGAUACUAGAGACUAUCUUGGUUACUCUGUUGGUUUUUGUGUAAAUUGUAAUAGGUAUACAUACACACGAAGUGGACACUUUAAAUGCAAUAGCUGUAGAUUCAGUGUGUGUUGUAAAUGUGUGAUGCUACCUGCAACAAAUAAGCAUAGAUUGGAGAAUCACUUGUUGCCCUUGACAUAUGAUGCCUAUGUAAACCGUCCCGGUGAGUUCUACUGCAGCAACUGCGAAUGCCACAUAGGCCCCAGAAGCUGGAUGUAUCAUUGCCGAGACUGCGACCAAUCAUUUCAUCCUAAAUGCUUUCCUGCUACAUCGGGUGAGUAUAAAAACAUCAAAUUUGGGACACGGCAUCGACAGGUGAUGAAUUCCAAUAUUCAUGACCACCCUCUUAGAUUUCAAAUCAUAACCAACAAAAAGAGGUGUGAUCUAUGUCGCUGCAACGGGUAUGAUAUGCCAGGGUUUCAAUGUGGGUCAUGCUUCUUUGUCGUGUGUAAAUCCUGCGGUCUGAAACACAUAGGUGAUGCCAAUGAGGCAAUCUGAUUGCGUGCAUAUGUAGAUUGUUGUUUUUAUGUUAUGUGCUAAAUGUGUGUUGUUCUUGUAUCUUAUAAUGUAUU